AUGAAUGAUAUAUGUCCAGUUUGCGAAAAUGAUAUCGAUGGUGCCCAUGUAUGUUGUGGUUGCAAGCAAGCUGUCCAUUUAUUUAUCUGUGGAGAUCCUGUGCCGAACAGUGCCGAAGGUUAUGGUCAGCCUGUCAUUUGCUUCAAAUGUAAAGAAAAUAAAAAAGCCAAAACUGGUGAGUUACUAACUUAUUAAUUUAUCAUAAAGUCUAUUUAAAACAAUUGCAUUUUCACAUUUGUGAUUAUGGUAUUCACAUAGUGGCACAAUGUGUUGUGCAUUAUACACCCAGGUCGCAUUAGCCUAAGUUAAAAUAGUUGAAAGCAAGGUUGUGUUUUUAAACAAUUUGACAAUUUUUUUAAAUGUUAGUUAGAAAAUAUGCUGUACAGGAUAUGAUCAUACUGUAACUGAAAGAUUUAUGUUUGGAGAGGAGGCCCUUGGUGCCCUUACUGAAUAGUUUUGAAACCUGACUAGUUUUUCUAAACUCACAGGCACGAAAGUUCAUAUAAAUGCACAAUGGGCAGCCCUAUUUGACAGAAAGGAAACAAGCCACAGAACAAAAACAUCUGAUAACCCAUUGGAGAAACAUAAAGAAGUAUUUUUUGUAUGCGUGACCUGUCUUGAAAAUCACAAGCCUUUUAUGCAGAGUAAAAUGACAAGAAACAAUACAUCCACUAUCACAAGACACAAUCAAAGACAUCAUACUGACUGCUCAAAAAGCUGGAUAGUACAAAAGUAUAUCAAGAAAUUCGAAGCUUUGACUGAUAAACUACAAAAUGAAACGGCAGUGGUAAAAAAUCUUUCAGCAACCUCAGGUUUAGGCAAGUGUUCAAAAGCUAGUAAUAGGGACUCGGGUCUUAAUCAGGCAUCCUACGAAGGGAGUUACUUUGGAAGUGAGGCAAACAGUUGCCCUGAUCGGCCUGAUGAACCAAAAACCACUGAAGAUGAACCGCCUUCAAAGAUGCAGAAGAGCAAUCCUUCCAAUUCAGGACCAAACACAAUGUGCGUGAAUGAAAAGAGCAAACAACAAAGCUGUAUCUCAUUUCAGAAGGAACCAAAUACAACGAUGCCAAACAGGGAACCAAACAUGGAAAACAUGAUGAGUAUGUUGCAAAAGAUAUUGAUAUCGGUGGAUGCCAACAGGAAAACAGAUAGUGUACAUGUUCAGUCAGAUCCUGAUUUUAGAAAAUACGACUUCAAAAGCUAUUCAGAUAUAUCAGAGAUUGCAGCUAAUGUUGAAGAUAUUGUUUUCAUUCCUGCAGGUAAUAGUUGUUUUUAUCAAUCAAACUAUAGGUUAGAUUUUUACCCCCAAACAUAAAUUGCAUCUUUUUGUUCCUCCCGUAUAUGAAAUAGUGCGCAAUAGACCAAUUGAUGCAUCUAUCUCUUUUGUAUUUCGUAAACUAGCUCGUAUAUAUUAGAUUUAUGAAUAUACAUUAAUUUUAUAAUAUACAGUAGGUGAUGGAAAAAUUGGGGACAAACAACCAGGAAAGGCUAUACUUCGUUUUUGCAAUUAAGGAUCCACUAUGA